AAGAAGCUUCAAUGCUAGCAAGCUCUAAAACCAUUCCCGUGACAAUGGUGUCGCUCGGCACAUUCGACCUGCCAUCCUUAGGGUACAACUGACAUUUUACAUUUUAUGCUUAUCUUGAGUUGACCAGGAAUCUGUCGAUCUGCAGAUUGAGCCACAAGGAACUCCUGCACGUCAAUGGUGUGAUCGGAAAGCUGCUGCAUCAAUACCAUCCACGAUCAAGACGAUAAAUUGCGCCGUUCGCAAUGGCUACCGAUACUUCGUCCCACCCGACGUCGCCGGAAGUGCCUACUCUCAUACUGCGACGCCCGUCAUCGCAGUCCCAGCCGAAUACCAGGCCGCCGAGCUUCGCUGGGCUCCCGAGGCGUCAGUUGUCGUCACAGUCAGCCCAAGAGAGGAUAAAUGACAUACUAGAGACUGGAAGAGAACGCGCCGACGCCAUGCCUGCAUCACCGUGGUCAUCUGGGCGCAGCCACAGCUUCCAGCCGCUUUCCCAGGCACCGGAGCAAGACGACAGCCCCGACGAGACGACCGGCCUUGUUAUGAGAGGGAGCUCGAGGAAUUAUCAAAGUACCCAUAGGACUUCGAAUUCGCGGUCACAACCGUCGCCGACACGCGCACAAGGAGAUAGCCAGCAUGCCAAUGGCGUUGAUGGGACCAGUGGGGCGGACAAGAAGGAAACAUAUUGGUGGACGGAAUACUUCUCCAGUAUAUGGACUAUAGAGUUGGAGAACAAGGGCUCUGUUGCGAGAGAUCAUCUAGCAUUGGAGAGAACAUUUCUGGCCUGGCUGAGGACCUCUCUUGCCUUUGCCUCGAUCGGCAUAGCGAUUACGCAGUUGUUUCGCUUGAACGUGUCCUUGACCGACAGCCCUGAGGACCCCAACUUCCGGACAAUUAGACACUUGGGUAAACCUCUGGGUGCGACUUUUCUAGGAAUUAGCAUAUUGGUGCUGUUCCUGGGCUAUCAUAGGUACUUUGAAAGUCAACAGUGGAUAUUGAAGGGCAAGUUUCCAUCAGCGCGAGGGACAAUCGUCGUAAUGAGUUUGAUAGCUUUCGCUUUGAUGGCCGUGUUGUUGGUGGUUGUGGUGGUUGAACAACCUGCUGGCUCUCAAGACUCGCCAUGACUUGCAUGACGAGCCUUUAAAUUUGCUAAGACUAAAAUGAAAACGAAUGAUGAGAAUACAAUAAAUAUCAACAGCAUCUCAGUGGCAUUGUGGCUUCUGUAAGAACGUGUGAUGAUGCAUUUUGGCUUGACUGCAGUCUUUUCGUUCAUAGUGGCGAAACUCGCUCCAAUUGAAUGUGGAAAACUGGAAAUGCAAAUAAGACCGGCAGAACCCC